AUGGACACUGAGACCAAAGAGCAGAGGCCAGGUUUGGCCACCAAGAACAGCCAAGUACACCACAAGACCAACUCCACCGCCGGACAUGAGAACUCGCCCGGCCUGACGCAAGCUGAAGGUGCCACGAAGGAACAACCGCUCAAAGGAAAGAACAUUAGCAGAGUACCAGCACUAGAGUUUAGAAGUCUUAGGAACUGCAGUAGAAGGUUCAGACACAAGUACAAUAGAAUGGAAGCGAAGUGUGCAGCGAUUUGGAGCUCCCUGGAUGCGAGGAGCGAGGAGUCUGAGAUGAUUGCUCACCUGCAGUCCAUGUUCUGGAGCAACAGUGAUGUUGCUGCCAACUAUUGCUCUCCAAACACCAGUGCCAGUUCUUGUGUCACAGCUAGCACAGCGCCUAGUAGUUUGUUUCUUCCUCUUGACAAUGAAGGCUAUUACACAGCGCCUAGUAGUUUGUUUCUUCCUCUUGACAAUGAAGGCUAUUACACAGCGCCAAUGGUGAACACUGGGAUGGACUUAUGCAUUGAUCACCGGCAUCAGACUAUUACUGGUCACAAGAGGGUAUCCCGCAUGGAUGAGCAGGUCAAGAAGACUAGCAAGAAGUCCCGGACUGUUCCCUCGGUAACAGAGGCUCUGGUUUCAAGCCUAACCGAUAAGGAGACAAACGCUGGCAUUGUCAAUCAGAGCUCCUCAUCCUGCUGCAGCUCGGUAGAAGAUUCGAUUGGCACAUCGGAGAAAUCAAUUGUACCGAACCAGAGUGACAAUGCAAGAGGUUGCAAGCGGCCUUCGAAGAAUUUGCAAAGUCUAUAUGCAAAGAAGAGAAGAGAGAGGAUCAACGAGAAAUUGAGAGUACUGCAGCAGCUGAUUCCCAAUGGAACCAAAGUUGACAUCAGCACAAUGUUGGAGGAUGCAGUUCAGUAUGUCAAGUUUCUGCAGCUGCAAAUAAAGGUCUUGAGCUCUGAUGAGACUUGGAUGUACGCACCCCUCGCCUACAACGGUAUGGACAUCAGCCUCAGCCUGAGAACUGGCGGAGACCAAGAAUGACAAGUCUCAGUAAAUGGUGGAACUGGCUAUAACCCGAAGAUGUGUUGCUAUCAAGUCAAAUUGAUUGCAUGGUGCAUUUGUUUUUAGAUUUUAACACUGACUUUGCAUUGUUAUUUUGCUUGUUAUAAGUUAGAAUAAGAUCGCGCCUUGCCGUAUGCAGUAAGUAAAUAUUGUAUCAAAUAAGUUCGAGCAACUUCGUACCUUGGCAGCCAUAAGCAUCAUGGAAACAAUGUAUGAAAUAAGGCUGAUUAAUG